AUGAAGAAAGAAAAAACUGCAGAUAAUUUCUUUCUUUCCUUUACAGCUCACCAAAUUCUAAGUUUGACCGGUAUCAGUUUCGAAAGAAAAAGUAUUAUUGGAUUCGUAGAACUAACGAUCGUUCCCGUGAAAGAAACUCUCAAGAUAAUUCGACUCAAUUGUCGCCAAUGUCGAAUAUAUCGUGUUAUUUUGAACGACAGUUAUGAAGCUACUUUUCACUACUUCGAUCCGUUCCUUGAUAUCUGCCAGGGGGAAACGAAGACAAAAUCGCUGGAAGUUUUCUCGAAAUGCCACCUGGAGGCCGCCAAGAAGACCGAUCCAGAUUGCAAUGCUGGCGAGCUGGUGAUUGUGGUUCCCGAACAAGCUUCCCACCUAAUUGGCGAGGGUCGGGGGCUCAGAAUCGGGAUUGAAUUUUCCCUGGAGGACCCGUCGGGGGGUGUGCGUUUCGUGAUUCCGGAGGGCGAAGGAACGACGAUGGAAGAGCGAGCGGCUCACAUGUUUACUUAUGGUCAUGAGAACUCUUCCAGGCUUUGGUUUCCGUGUGUGGAUAGUUAUGCGGAGCCGUGCACUUGGAAGCUGGAGUUUACCGUGGAUAAGAACAUGACCGCAGUUUCGUGUGGUGAGCUAGUGGAAGUAGUGAUGACGCCGGAUCUUAGACGGAAAACGUACCACUAUACCGUGUCUGUUCCCGUUUCGGCUCCGAACAUUGCACUGGCAGUUGGACCAUUUGAGAUUUAUGUAGAUCCACAUAUGCACGAGGUCACUCACUUUUGUUUGCCCCAAUUAGUGCCGCUAUUGAAGAAUACUGUCCGAUAUAUGCAUGAAGCCUUUGAGUUCUACGAGGAGGCCCUCACGCAACGGUAUCCAUUCACAUGCUAUAAGCAGGUGUUUGUCGAUGAGAUUGAUAAUGAUUGCAAUGCGUACGCAACUAUGGCGAUUUUAUCGACGCAUUUGCUGCAUUCGAUUGCGAUCAUUGAUCAAACGUUUACAUCCCGCAAGGUGAUGUCUAAAGCAAUUGCGGAACAAUUCUUCGGAUGCUUUAUCACGAUGCAAAAUUGGUCGGAUGCUUGGCUGGCACGGGGCAUAGCGGAGUAUAUGUGUGGUUUGUACUCGAAGAAAUGUUUCGGAAGGAAUGCUUACCGCAGCUGGAUAAGGGAUGAGUUAGCCGAGGUGGUUAAGUAUGAGGAAAAAUUCGGCGGAAUUAUUCUCGACUGUAGCCAAGCGCCAGCUCCACCGGCAGUGUCCAGCAUCAAUCAGUCACCAGCUGCUCCGGCAAAAGCCUAUAACGAUAAUCCGUUCUAUUUUCCAAUCAAAAAUUUGCACACAAUUUCUCCUAAAUAUGUUGAAAUAAUGAGGAAAAAGGCUCAUUUGGUGAUUCGGAUGUUGGAACAUCGCAUCGGUCAAGAACUUCUGCUGCAGGUGUUCAAUAAGCAGCUGGCAUUGGCUUCGAAUGCGGCUUCGACGAAAAUCAGCAGCGGCCUGUGGCAUCAUCUGCACAUUUCUACGAACAUUUUCACGAAGGCCAUUUUCACGGUGACCGGCAAGGACAUGGCGGUUUUCAUAGAUCAAUGGGUCAGAACCGGGGGACAUGCUAAAUUCACCAUGACUUCUGUUUUCAAUCGUAAAAGGAACACGAUUGAGUUGGAAGUGCGCCAGGAUGCGGUUUGCCAGAAGGGGGUUCGGAAGUACGUCGGCCCGUUGCUGAUUCAGCUGCAGGAGUUGGACGGAACGUUCAAGCAUACGCUGCAGAUCGAGAACAUCAGCGUUAAGGCUGAUAUUACGUGUCACUCGAAAAGCAGGAGGAACAAAAAGAAGAAAAUUCCUUUAUGCACCGGAGAGGAGGUCGAUAUGGAUUUGUCUCCCAUGGAUGAAUCUCCAGUCCUGUGGAUACGUCUCGACCCGGAGAUGACAUUGCUCCGCUCGGUCCACAUUGAGCAGCCAGAUUUUCAGUGGCAGUUUCAGUUGCGUCACGAACGUGAUGUUACCGCUCAGCUCGAGGCGAUUGAUGCGCUGGAAAAAUAUGCAUCGCCUGCGACUCGACUCGCGUUGACGGACACUAUAGAAAAUGAGCAAGUGUUUUAUGAAGUGCGCUGCAAGGCGGCUCUUUGUCUAACCAAAGUUGCUAAUUCGAUGGUAACGUCAUGGCAAGGCCCACCGGCAAUGUUAACAAUCUUCAAAAAGUUUUUUGGCUCGUUCAGUGCACCGCAUAUAAUUCGACAGAACAAUUUCACCAAUUUUCACCACUAUUUUCUUCAGAAGACCAUUCCGGUGGCAAUGGCAGGCUUGAGGACGGCCCAUGGCAUCUGUCCGCCGGAAGUGAUUCGUUUUCUGUUGGAUUUGUUCAAAUAUAACGAUAACACCAAGAAUCACUACUCGGAUAAUUACUAUCGUGCAGCGCUGGUUGAAGCGCUUGGGAAUUCCAUCACACCGGUGAUAUCCGUUGUUCAUCAGGGGAUGGCGCUCACAUCGGAGAAUCUUUCAGCGGAUGCCAAAUUGGUCUUAGAGGAAGUAACGCGGAUUCUGAAUUUGGAGAAACAUCUCCCGUCGUACAAGUACACGGUGUCCAUUGCAUGUCUGAAAGUCAUUCGCAAACUGCAGAAGUGUGGCCAUCUGCCCACGAAUCCGAAAAUCUAUCGAAGUUACGCUGCUUAUGGUCAAUACAUUGAUGUGCGGGUUGCUGCGAUGGAAUGUUUGGUGGACUUUGUUAAAAUCGAUGGACGAUGGGAAGAUUUGGAGCACCUAAUCGACUUGUUGGAAACCGACCCGGACCCGAUGGCAAGGCACAAGCUGGGGCGGCUACUGAUCGAAAAUUUACCGUUCGAUAAAGGAAACAGACACAAACUGGAUCGAGAAGAAUUGGCACUUCGAAUAUGGAACAACAUGAAUGGUCUUCUGUCACAUGACACGAGGCUUCGUUGCGAUAUGGUGGAUCUGUACUACACUUUGUACAAUACGCGCGUUCCAAACUGCUUACUGAGCUCAGAAUUCGCCUCUUUCCUCCGGCCUCAGAAACUAGCAUCCUCGUUUGCGGCAGUAGUCGAUCGGGAUCGGGAACAGUCAUCGCGCGAGCAACCAUCCUUCGAAGGCCGAUCUGAAGCCCUAACCCAGAAACGACCCCGAUCACUCAGUCCCUUGGAGGUGAAGCCACUCGACCUGAACGAUAUCGUAUCAAAGGAGCUACUGCUACCGGAAAAUGGUGGCGGCUCGCCCCUGGUGGAAGAUAUCCGAGACGACAUCAUUCUCGAAACAGUCGAUUCUGGCAUCAAGACAGAAAUUGUUGAAACGGAAAAAGCGAUGCUGAAGGAAGAAAUAGUCGAUUUGGACGAUAAUAACUCGAUGGCACACGUUGGUUCCGAAGCUCCACCGAUGAAGAAAUCGAAGACGGACUUUUACUCGGACAACUCGAUCUCGCUGCCCGGAAUAACACCGAGCAACAGCUCCGUCACUGGUCCAACGGGCUUCGAGCCGGGCAUGUUUUCGAAAUCGUCGGAAAUGCUACCGACCGUUUCUUCGGAACCAAGUGUUAGCAGCAAGUCGGAUGGUAGCAAGAAAAAGAAAAAGAAAGACAAGAAGAAGCACAAACACAAGCAUAAGCACAAGCACAACAAGGAUAAAGAUCGUGAGCGGGAUAAGGAUCGAGACCGGGAACGGGAGAAAAGUAAAGAGAAGAAAGAUCCCAACAUCGUACGACUGAUCAAGGAAGAUACCCAGGAAACAUUGAGCUCGGGUGACAGCUCGAGCAGAGAUAGUAAUCCAACGACAUUGGAUUUGACACUUUAAGCAACAUUCUACUGACAAUGCAAAUAUUAAAUACUAUCAGACUUCUGAAUGCAGUUUUAUUACUUCACCAUUAUCUUUGUUUGCAGUUGAUUCAGUGACUUCAUAAAGCGUGCUUGUUCAACAAAUUAUUCCUAGACGACAUUCCCACGGUCCUCUUGAAAAUCGGAAAUUCGUAUCAACAAAUCGUUCAAUGGCAGAUACUAUUUUUUUCCAAUUAAUUUAUUUGUAAGAGUCAAUCGCAUAAGCUUUGCGGAGCCGCUAAUUCAUAAUUUGUUAAUACAAAAUUUCAACUUAACUCUAUGUUUAGUAUGUUUCGACCGAUUACUUGCGGCUUACUCGAUGUUAGAGGAGCAACAAUUUUUUUGGGGCGGGUCAGGUUAGGGAUAUGGAUAUGAGGUAUCGUUGUCUCAACCGAGAGUUGCCGCACGCACUGUGGCAUUGUGCAUAAUGAUCAGGGAUAGCAUCUGAUGUUCGACCAUCUGUCGAGGGUGGGCGACGGUGAGAUGAGGGGACAAGACAAACAAACUAAUAACGAGAAAGGAAAAACACAAAAGCCUUAAAUUCUUAUACUAGACCGUUUCACAAACAUAUAGAUCAACUGCAUAUAGCAGAUGUCGCGAGUUCCCAACACUUCUCUCACAGGAACAUAGGGUUGUCUCAAGGGCAUUCAAAAGGUACUCACUGGCUGCGUUAUUAUCCGUAUAUUGCCAAACUGCGUGAUCGAUGUCAUCGUAACCGUUUCCACACCGACAGACAUGGCUUUGAACAAGAUUUGUUCUGUGGGAUGCACAUCUAGCAAGUAGUGGUUGGGCAUGAGUCUACUCAUUACACGAAUAAAGUCACGACUUACGUCCAAACCUUUGAACCACGCUCUCGAAGAAACAUAUGGAAUAAUUGAAUAUAACCACCGCCCAAGACUUCCAGUGCCCCAAUCGGUUUGCCAACUCAAGAAGGAAGCAGUAAUUGGAAAAAAAUCAUCGUAUGAAAUAUGUCUAUCAAACAAUUCGUCUUCCUGGGCACCCACCUUUGCGAGAGUGUCCGCCUCCUCAUUACCAGAAAUACAGCAAUGAGAGGGGACCCAUACAAAGGUUAUCUUAUAAGAUCUUUCGAUCAGUACAUCAGGGUUGUCGACUAGAAUUUUCAAAAGUCAGGAAGAAUGAAAAUA